AUAACAUAAAAUAUUUCCGGAUAUAUAAUAUCUGACCAGAAUCAUUACGAAAUUAUUCUUACAAUGGCGACCGUUGGAGGCAUGUGCGUGAGAACUGUCACAUCGAUUUCAAGAUGUUUGCGACAAAGUAUUCACCAAAGAGCAACAUGGAAUGGACUUCAGCAUAGACAGCUCUGUACAACAAAUUCUGACACAAAAUCAAACAAAGAGGGAACAGAAAAACCAGACGCAGAAAACACUAAUGACGAUCCACAGAAAGUCAUAGAGAAUUUGAAGGCAGAUGGUGAAAAACUGAAAACAGAGGCAAAAGAUUUUAAGGAUGUCAGCUGGUGGUCCAAGUUAUCUCUGUCAGGGAAAACGCUGUUUCAGCGCGGUAGCAACGAUGACAAUAAUUGGAAGGACAAGUACAUGCGAGCGUUGGCAGAGACGGAAAAUGUCCGACAACGGAUGACGAAGCAGGUCAGUGACGUACGACUUUUCGGGAUCCAAGGUUUCUGUAAGGACCUGCUGGAAGUGGCGGAUAUCCUCCAACAGGCCACACAGAGCGUGCCCGAGAAAGAACUACAGGAAAACAAACACUUGCGGGACCUAUACGAUGGGCUUGUGAUGACCGAGGCGCAGUUACAGAAGGUCUUCUUGAAACAUGGACUUGAACAAAUUAUUCCCCAAAAAGGAGACAAGUUCGAUCCUCAUUUCCACGAGGCUUUGUUUCAAGUUCCAGCGGAAGAUCCAAGCAUGGCCUCCAAUGUUGCCACUGUCGAAAAAUUGGGAUAUAAACUCCACGAAAGAACCUUGCGGCCAGCACUAGUGGGUGUGUUCAAGUCAUGAUGAGCCAUUGGACCAGAUUCAUUGUGACGUCAUCUUCAGACUUGUGUUUUCAUACAUGAACAUCCACACCAUGUUGUCAAUUCUCAAUGUCCAAGUUGAAAAAUGAAAGAGAAUUCAACAAAUUUCUCUUACACUACUGGAAUAUAUAUGAAUGUGUCCAUUAAACUAGUUUCAAGACUUCUAAGCUUUGAAUAGAUAAUUGAUUUGAGAAUUGAUUCUACAGAUGUAUGAAUUAAUUACAAAAUUGAUAAAAAUGGUCUAUUAUAUUAGUGUUUUGAAGGACAGAUUUGAUUUCCUCAUGCUUUGAAUAGUAUUGUACAUGUAUUUGGGUGUAACAGCAUGAAAAUAAAAUCUUUUCAUUGAUAAA